AUGCGAGGUACUUUUCUCGGGGCAAAGACGCAGGUCAGGCCGAAGGAACCGUACAUGGUCGCCCGGCGAAACGCCCGAGAGCGGCGACGAGUCCAGCAAGUCAACGACGGGUUUUUCCGCCUCAGAAGUCUCGUUCCGAAGGCACCGAAGGGUAAGAAGUUAUCAAAGGUGAAGACGCUACGAGCUGCUAUUGAGUACAUCGAGCAGCUACAGGGUAUUCUGCGGGAGGCGGGUGAUGGAGUCCCCGAGAACAAGAUCGCCUGUCCAUCGGUGGAAUCGUCGGCUGCCAACGUCAACGAGGAAGAAGAUGAGGAAGAGUUGGAUAUAGACUGGUUACCGCUGCAUGUUGUUUCGAAGGAGGAAGACGAUUUCUUGGAUGAAGUUCUUGGAUCCGAGAUCAUGUCUUGUUCAGACAUGUAA